GGAGCAGAGACACCAGUCCGGGUUGGUUCAGCAACGAGGCAACGAAACUCACCGACUGACGAGGAGCCGCGGUCACUGCGUAAAGUCCGCCUCGUCUCCUCUUCCUCCUCCUCACAGGAUGAAGGCUCUCUGGAGGUUUGGACACUUUGGACAGCAGCGCGCGGUGGACAGCAGGAUUUAGUGGACAGAAGUUGUCUUCACAGCAGCACAGGACUCUGGAUCCAGGACAGAUCCAGGACCCUCUCUGUGAACUCGUGAGGAGGAUUUCUCACUUUUCUUUUUUUUCUUCUUUCCACUGUCGCCAAAAGUGCUCCAUGAGGCGCGAGGACUUACGGAUUUUAAAGUAGUUUUGUGGGUUUUUUAUGAAGUUUACUGGAGAAUAAUAUCUUCUGAAUGCUUGGGGACAUCUGAAAGACUGCUGUCAAAACGGGAUACUUUGGGUCAGUGACGGGGAGUCGUUGGAUAGUUUCUUGCGGCGUCUUCGGAGGUCGCCGUUCUGCCGGACAGCAUGCGAACGGAGGAUGUCGUCUGAGUCCGAGUCGGGCCUCGCUGCUCUGCGUCUCGCCUCGUCGUCCGGAGGAAUGACGGCUCUGUGGUGCUCGCUCUGGCUUUCCUUCCUCCUGCCUCUCUGCGUUGCUCCGGCCCGUCUGCCCACCGCUCAGCCAACAGACUCUGUGUCCAGCGAGACAGCUUUCCUGGAGGACUAUGUUCUGGGCAUGGGGGACACCUUGGAAAUGCCGUGUGACCUGGAGGACCACUCGGAGCCCAUCGUCUGGUUCAAAGACGGCGCCGGGCUGGUGCCCGGCAACCGGACGCGGCUGGGCCAGCGGAUGUUGCGCAUCAUCAACGUAUCGUACGAGGACUCGGGCGUCUACUCGUGCCGGCUCGCCCACAGCAACACGCUGCUCAGCAACUACACCAUCCGGGUGACAGAUUCUCUGUCGUCUGGUGAUGAUGAAGAUUAUGACGAAGACCCAGAAGAUGCAGGUAAUGGAAAUGAAGCUCCGUACUGGACCCGGCCUGACCGGAUGGACAAGAAGCUCCUGGCUGUUCCGGCCGCCAAUACCGUCAAGUUCCGCUGCGCCGCGUCCGGAAACCCGACGCCGACCAUCCACUGGCUGAAGAACGGCAAAGAGUUCAAGGGAGAGCAGAGGAUGGGAGGCAUCAAGUUGAGACACCAGCAGUGGAGUCUGGUGAUGGAGAGCGCUGUGCCGUCGGACCGGGGAAACUACACCUGUGUGGUGCAGAACAAGUACGGCGCCAUCACCCACACCUACCAACUGGAUGUGCUCGAGCGUUCCCCCCACAGGCCCAUCCUCCAGGCGGGCCUGCCAGCCAAUCAGACGGUGGUGGUGGGCAGCGACGUGGAGUUCCACUGUAAGGUCUACAGCGACGCCCAGCCGCACAUCCAGUGGCUGAAACACAUCGAGGUCAACGGCAGCCGCUACGGCCCCGACGGCGUUCCCUACGUCAACAUCCUGAAGAGUGUUAUCAGUAAACACACUGAGGCCCACAGUAAGUUGAAACUGUCCAACGUAACAAAGCGAGAUGGCGGGAAGUACUGGUGCCGCGCCUCAAACUUUGUAGGCAAGUCGGAAAACGCUUUCUGGCUUAAGAUACACAAACCAGCAGUGAGCCCGGAGAAGGAGGACUACUACGCCGACAUCCUCAUCUACGUGACGGGCUGCGUACUCUUCAUUCUCGCCGUGGUCAUCGUCGUCCUUUGCCGCAUGAGGAUGACAACGCAGAAGACGCUGCCCACGCCGCCCGUGCAGAAACUGUCCAAGUUCCCCCUCAAGAGACAGCAGGUGUCCUUGGAUUCAAACUCCUCCAUGAACUCCAACACCCCGCUGGUCCGGAUCGCCCGGCUGUCAUCCAGCGACGGGCCGAUGCUCGCCAACGUGUCAGAGCUGGAGCUGCCCUCCGAUCCCAAAUGGGAGUUUCCUCGAACGCGGCUGACUCUGGGGAAACCUCUGGGCGAGGGCUGUUUCGGUCAGGUGGUGAUGGCCGAGGCCAUCGGCAUCGACAAGGAGAAGCCCAACAAGCCGCUCACUGUUGCUGUGAAAAUGCUGAAAGAUGACGCCACAGAUAAAGAUUUGUCCGACCUGGUGUCAGAGAUGGAGAUGAUGAAGAUGAUUGGAAAACACAAAAACAUUAUCAACCUGCUGGGAGCGUGCACGCAGGACGGUCCUCUGUACGUCCUGGUGGAAUACGCCUCUAAGGGCAACCUGAGGGAGUACCUGCGGGCGCGGCGGCCGCCGGGCAUGGACUACUCCUUCGACACCUGUAAAAUCCCCGACGAGCAGCUCACCUUCAAGGACCUGGUGUCCUGCGCCUACCAGGUGGCCCGAGGCAUGGAGUACCUCGCCUCGCAGAAGUGUAUCCACAGAGACUUGGCGGCCAGAAACGUCCUUGUGACAGAGGACAACGUUAUGAAGAUCGCCGACUUCGGUCUCGCCAGAGAUGUGCACAAUAUAGACUACUACAAAAAGACCACCAACGGUCGUCUGCCCGUGAAAUGGAUGGCUCCGGAGGCUCUGUUCGACCGGGUCUACACGCACCAGAGCGAUGUGUGGUCCUAUGGGGUGUUGUUGUGGGAGAUCUUCACCCUGGGGGGCUCGCCGUACCCGGGGAUCCCAGUAGAAGAACUCUUUAAGCUGCUGAAGGAGGGACAUCGGAUGGACAAACCCGCCAACUGCACCCACGAACUAGCAUCAGCAUCCAGCUGCACAUCAAGUAGACCAGUACGAAUCACUGGAAACAGUCCAUCUGAGAUGUACAUGAUCAUGAGGGAGUGCUGGCACGCGGUGCCGUCACAGAGGCCGACCUUCAGACAGCUGGUGGAAGAUCACGACCGGGUUUUAUCAAUGACCUCCACUGAUGAGUACCUGGACCUGGCGGUGCCCUUCGAGCAGUACUCGCCCACCUGUCAGGACUCCAACAGCACCUGCUCCUCAGGAGACGACUCGGUGUUCGCCCACGACCCGCUGCCUGACGAGCCCUGUCUUCCCAAACCGCUCCCCAGUAACGGCGUGAUUAGGACAUAAAACCUGAGCUCGGGGGGGGGACGGUUGGACUUUAACCUCCUCUCACAGAUUAAAAAACACCUCUCAGUGACUCCUCAAGAUAUGGAAAUGGAAACUCAGCAUGCAAUACUUCCACAGUGCUUCAGCUCUUCUAUUCGUCUUAAACUCUUCCGAGUUUUCUUCCUCCUCCUCCUCCUCCUCCUCCUCCUCCUCCUCCUCCUCCCCAAGAGACUCCUUGAAACAUUGAAGGAUUAUUUUUUGCCGUUGAACCAUGUUCUUCUUUUCAGAAAUGAAAUUAUAUUUUUGUACUCGGGCCAGUCUUUUUGUUACGGACAAUCUGUGGGGUGAAACCAUUCCGUGCCUACUGGGAUAAAAAAAACAACCUCCUGAGACUGAAAAACAGACAAAGAGGAGUGAAUGAAGGGCAUUGGUCAGGGACCGGUUGGCGAUCCAGUAGGCGAGGACCUCAGAUUUUUAUCCUCUCGUCUGCACGGAGCUCUCUCAGAUCGCGAUAGAAGUUUGCGAUCUUUAAGAGAAUCCGUUGACAAGAUACCAGCAAAGCCAGAAUCAACUCGAUGAUGGGACUCGUUCUUCCGAAGACACUCUUUCUCUUUUCCAGAAGACGACGGAGAGGAUUACAUAUUAACGUGUUUGUACGACGCCAUCGUCUCGUUUUUAGCAUCCCGGAAAUUUGUGAUAAUCAUGGAACAAAUUCCUCAUCAAGCGUGAGGCGAAGUUUCAGGGCCAUUCAGUAAUUAGUACAAUAAGGUUCGGAGUUUUUUUUUUUUUUUAUGUAUCUAGAAAAUGAUUUAUUGUAAAUAUAUAAAUGCAAAUAUGUAUCAUAUUGCUGUUCACAGCCAUGUACUUAAAAGACAAAAAAUUACAUUUUUUUAUUGUUUUAGGAUGGAAGCAUUGCAAUCUAGAAGACACUGUCAUGAAAGUGUAAAACAUUUAAUCAUUGAUACAGAAAAAGGUUUAUUUGAAUAAUUAACGUGUAUAUUUGUAAAGAUAUUUAUAGACUUAACAUGUGGUUCGAAAGGUCUAGUUUAGGGUUUUAGUACUGUACGCAAAGAUUUUUAUUUCCUUUUUUUUGGUAACUUAUUUUACAACAGAACUGUUAUUUUUCACAGACUCCUUCUGGUUUUUGAUCCAUCUUUUUUUUCUUUUCUUUUUUUUUACAGUUUUAAAAAAAUAAUAAUAAGAAUGUAUGACAGACGCGAAGAUGAUUUUUUGAGAGCGAUUGUGAUUCGAGGACUCGACGAAACUGAAGGGGAAGCUGGACGUUUCUCUGCUGAGUUCAAAUUCUGGUUUGAAUAGUUGACGUUUGCAAUAUCAAAGCAACGAUUAACUCUUGCUGGGCAAGAAAUAGCAGCGCUUCAAGAUAUGAGAUAUGUACAGAGAGAGAGGCCGUUUAGUGCGACGGACGUACUUAAAGACGUAUUGAACAUCAACAACAACAACUAGCUGUGAAUCAUAAAGAGCCUUCAGAGAACCUCAGCAGCCUGUUCAAGGAAAAUAAUCCUCCUACUGAUGUGGUUUCACUGUUCAGUCUGUAAUGACACAACUUUAGUGAUGACUACGUUUCCCAGAAUGCUUUUCAGCAGUCAUCAGAGAACAUGCUUGAACUUGCGGCAUUCAGAAAAAUGUGAAAACAUGCAAGCGAACUAGUGUUGGAAACAGAUUUUUAAGAGUAAAUAAACAAAAAGUGAACGUUGUGUUUCCAACCCCAAACUUAUGUUGCUUUCUAUUUUAACUGGGAAGUCAAAAUUUCAACUGAAACGCGACCUGAAAUCGAAUUUCCAACUCGAAAGUCAAACAAAUCUUACCAACUCUAACCUCAAAAUGCUCAAGAUGCCUGCUCAGCGCAUCAAUAGUAAAAAAAAGCUGUACUAAAUAUUGUUUAUUAGCACUGCUGGGCACUGAUGUUGCAAUGGAACGAACAAUUGACUUUCACUUCUUUGCAAUACACAUUCUUUGGUUCCUCUGAAAAGCCUCUGAACACCCACACAGGUGUUUCCAGUUAUUCUGUCUGAUUAGACCUCUGCUCAGGUAGAAGGUGGGUGGAGCUUUGAUGGGAAUUUAUUUCACAAAUCUUCAUCUACCAAUCAGAAUGAUAAAUGUGUAAUUUGUCCCGCCUUAACAGGUGCAACAAAGCUAACAGGAGACUCAAUCAGUUAGUCUGUAGACGCCCACACAGUCCUGAGCAGAGCUCUAAUCAGCCAGAUGAACUGAAAACACCUGUGUGGGAGUUCAGAGGCUUUAAAAGCCAACCAUGCAUGAUUGUUGAACGUCACUGGCUCCAGUCUAGAAAGAAGACACAAAAUUCUACCGCAGAUAUAUAAGAAUAAAUUAAAUAUAUCACCGUUUUGUAAACAGUGUUAAAGCCUCUGUAGGUGGAUAUUUUCUUUUAAAGGUCGGUCUGAAGGCUCUAAACUCUUAUAUUGUAACAGAAAGGUCACAGGGUCGAUGCUAACAAGCUGCGUGCGGUGUCAAAGUGCCCUUGAGCAAAGACAUUCAGCGCUUGUGUGCACACUCAUGGAUAAAAAAACAAAACAUCAGCUUGAAGGCAGAAGUGUAAAGCUGUUAUGUCCUUGCUCGGGUGUUCCUAAAAGAAAAAAACCUUCCCGGACGCUUGAGAUUUUAUCGCUGCUCUAUAGUGUUAAUACUGAAAUGAAGGCAUUGCUGUGCGACUUAACAAAUCACACAGCAAAAAAUAAGAAUAUAUAUAUAUAUAUAUCGGUUUGUUAAAGGAGACUCUGAAGUCUGUGGUGGAUCCUUAGCUAUAGUUUGCAAAAAAAAAAUUUAAAAAGUGCCAAAUUAGUCUUAAAAGUCUAUUUCACCGAGUCCUCCAGAUCUCUGAACCAAAAUACUGCACUGACGAAUGUAGGCGGGCGGAAGGUUACAUGUGCAGGGAAGGAUCAUGGGAUUGCCAAAUGGAUUUCUUCCCCAACCCUUUUUUAUGCAGUUGUGUCUCCAGCUGACCCCAAAAAAAAGCGUUAAAGGGUUGAAAUGUUUACAGAGUCUGUUUUUAGCAAAAGUCACAAAAAGGGAAAGCGACGUUCAAGCGGUAUCGAAGGGUUCAGAAACACGAUUCACUCGCUGCUAAAUGGAAACGGUGGCAACAUUUUACUGUGCAAUGGCCUUAUUCUGGUGUGUGAACUGCAUUUGUUGUUAUCACCCAACGAGACUGUCGGUACUUAAUGAAAUACCCCACCAUCCCCCAAUAUUUAAAGUACUUAAGAGUGAACAAUUUGUAUUUAAUUAUAUUACUACACUGGGAGAUUUUUGUGUUUUUUUUAGCACCAAAUUAUGUACGUUUUUAUUGGUUUAUGCACAGAAACAAGGUCUUUGUAAAGUGAAAGGUUACACCCAGUUAUUAUUUCUGUUUUCAGUACAGUUUUGACUCGAAUCUAUGAAGUGCCUGGAAUAAUUUAGCGAACAAAAAGGAGAUUAAUUUUGAUUUUGAAUGUAUAAUUGCAAAACAAUAUAAAAUAAAAUAAAAGAAGCAGUUGUCACUAUAGAAGCAGGCUAUGAAAGUAAUAGCAUUUUUUAUUAUUAUUAUUUUUCUCGAGUGAACAAGACAGACAAAAAGGCACUUGUGUAAAGGUUGGAUGGAUCUAAUGAAACAGUGUUUUGUUUUAUUUAUUCUUCCAUGCUGGGUAAAAGCUUUCCCUAUGGUGAGAGUAUUUUUAUUCGUAGCUAUCUGCUUUUCAGUGUUGUUUUUCAUUAAAGAGCCAGAACAUGAUGAUGAUGUAGAGUAGUCAUUUUAUUAGAUACUGAUUCCCCCCCAUCAGGCUUUGCUCCUGGCUUAAUUUAUCCUUCAUUUUAUUUUUAUAUGGAUGCCCUCCCUGGCCUUUUUUUCUGCAUCCUUGUCGAGCUUCUUACUCUUUUGAUUCUGACGCUGGCUUCUGUCUCUCUGUUAGAUCACUCUUUAAAAGGAUGUGUUGUUUUUAACGUGUGUGUUGUUUAUGGCAGCAAAAGUAAAGCCGUGCUUACUGCUUGUUCCAUUAUAGUAGAAAUAAUGGCAACCAAGAACUGAGUUUAUUGGCUUUUCUUCAGGUUUUCCAAAGCCAUUUUGGAAGAAUUAGAGCGAUCCGUCAGUUUGCUGAUACAUUUCGUUGUUGUCGUAUGAAAGUCAUGCAUCUCCAAAAUAAUCAACUUUUCACAAGCUAAGAAAAACACAUUUCUGAUAUGCAUAUGUCAGUUUUUUAUUUUCUAAAUUUUGUAAGGAAAUAAAGUAUUAUCUAAAGCAUAGGUUUUCGGCAUGGGAAGACCUGUAGACGUACAUAAAUCUGCUUAUAAAUCAUGAAAAAAGACAUCCCUUAUAACUCCAGAACUUGCCUAAGAAUAACCACGUUUUUAAGUUUUCUUCAAUAUCAAAGUAAUACCAUGAUACCUUUCUGUACAUCCAUGGGUACUUUGCAAACAAGGACUGUUAAUAGCUAAUUCGGCAUACUUUUGAUAAUGCCAAUUUGCCAAAAUUUGAAGAAAAAACAAUAAAAAGCUUCAAACUGGUGGUCAUUUCCCACAUGGCAACAGUUGCUAAGAGACGCACUGGCAAUUACAGUUUUGAGCUACCGAGUGGCACACAUUACGCUGGUUAUAAACCAACCAAUAGUGAUUAAAAAACAAGUCACUUUACAAGAUUAAACUGUUAAAUUUGUUUUUCACUCACAGAGUGGAAGCUUACAAGUAAAGUUAGGCUAACUAGCGAACAUUCAGAAAGUGGAAGCUUGUGUUAUUUUGACACCAAAAUUGGAGAUAAAUACACAUUUCAUUCGACAGCAACGAUACAGUUUUGUUCUAGAAAAGUGAUGGUUAUGUAUUGUUUCCUUUGCAUUGUGCUGCUGCUUAUAUUUUAGAAAACAUACAUCUUGAGUUUCAGAUAAUAGUCUAAAUUCAGUUGAAAGGAAAAAAAAAAUCCUUGGUGAAACUCUGAAUACUAAUUUGUAAUUUAACAGUAUUUGUAUCAGCAAACUAUAAUCAGCUUUAAUGUAAAAAUAUCAGUAUUGGCCUUGAAGAUAUGAGUCGGAUGUGUGUUGCUCCACAGACGCACGUUAAAAACAACAAAUGCUUUUAAGAGUGAACCUGUUUUCUUUGCUAUUGGAUGAAUAGUUGGCAGCAGGGAGGGACUCUUACUGUAUGUACAGUCACACAUCGGCCUUUAACCGCCCGUCGUCUCCACUCCGACUGACUUAUUUAUUCUCUUUUCUGCUCAAUAAAAACAAAAUCUGGAUCUGAAGAUGAAACUGGGAGGAGAGGUGGCGUUAUCUCGGCUUCCUCUGGUGUCGGAGAUAUGCACCUUUCCCUCCAGAUAUAUCAAAACUAUAUAUAUAUAUAUAUAUAUAUAUAUAUAUUUCACAUGUUUUUGUUUUAUGUUAUUUUCCAGGUUGGAAUGGUUAGCUUUCACACAUCCCGUUUUCAUUUUCAUCACGCAGUUCUAACCCGACAAUGUUAGUCCAGAUUAAUUUAUAGUUUGAAAUAUGCUUUUACGUUGCUGAUGUACAUGAGUAGAGUUUUAUGUAGCUGUGUGAGCUAUUUUAUAAGAAUCUUAGAGAGGAAAUGAUUUGCGUAUACAGUUUAUUUCAUUUUGCAUUCCACAUCAGUUUUGUUUUUUUACAACAAUAGCGAGACAAAGUCAUGGUUGUCUUUUUAUUUUUAUUUUAUUUUUUUUUUUCGAAUCCCACAUAAUUUAUUUUUCCUCCCUCUGUAUUCAUGUUUCUAACAUAGAAAGGUGGAACUAACCAUUUGGCAUUAUGUGAUUUUUUUUUUUUUUAUUUGUAAUUCAUAGCUUGUUUGUUGCAAUGUACCUGUUUUGAUCAAGAUGAAUCCUCUGUAACAUUCCACCACAACAACCCCUCUGGGCAAACAUCUCCCACUGGGAGAAAACAACUAUUUCACAACUCUCUCUGUCUCUCUCUCUCUCUCUCUCUCUCUCUGUCUCUGUGCCUGACAAACUAUGCUGUCAAAAAAGGUUUUCAAUAAACAUGUUA